UUACUAACGGAAUCAAGCGUGUGUUCAUCAAUGCGAGUUAACGGUAAAAUGAAGGAAAUGACCAAAAGUGUUAAAUUAUUGAUACAUGAGGAACCAAAUGUGAUUUUUGUGAACACGGGGGACCAAAUGUGUAAUUUGUGCAAACUUGAGGGAUGAAAAGUGUAAUUUUCCCAAAUGUUAUUGACAAAAAACCCUUUACAUUUCUUCGUAUUUACGUCAAAUUUAUUUCUAUUAUUAUUUAUGAAGGUACCAAACUUAUUUCUAUUAUUAUUUAUUAAAAAAGAAAAAAAAAAAGAUUAUACUUUUUAACGUACUAAGAAGCACAUGCACAUAUACUAGUGGAAGAUAAGGAAAUAAGAAAUGUCCACAGAAAUGUCGACAGAAAUGUGGUGGCAAUUGCUUCUUUGACUAAAAAGGCGCACACCAAAGUUGAAAACAUAUACUUUGAAUUUUGAUAAACCAAGAUCUGCACUGCAUUAUUCCCCUUCAUUUCAUAUUCCAAACAAUUAGCAAGAUUUUUUUUUCUUUUAAUCAAAGUUGCUCUGCGUUUCAUCAUCUUGUUCAGAAAUGGCAGAGGCUUUCCUUGGAAUAGUUCUUGAAAAUCUGAGCUCACUGAUCCAAGGUGAGAUUGGAUUGAUUAUGGGUGUUGAUGAAGAGAUGAAUAAUCUGUUCAGCACACUCACCACCAUUCAAUCCGUGCUCGAAGAUGCCGAGAUGAAGCAACUUCAAAGCAGAGCCAUUCAGAACUGGCUGAUCAAGCUCAAAGAUCUUACGUAUGAGAUUGAUGACAUCUUGGAUGAGUGUGCUACAGAACUCUCCAAAUUGGAGCACAAAAACAGCGCCAAAUCAAGUCGCUAUAGCUUGAAGAAAAUUCUCUUCCGGCACAAAAUUGGAAGAAGGAUGAAGCAGGUCACUGCAAAACUGGACGCGGUUGCUGCGGAGCGUGCUAAGUUCCAUUUGCGCGAGAUUGCUGUUGAGAGGCCAUACGAGUUUUCUGCCACCCGUGAGACUGGUUCCGUUUUGAACGAGUCUCGUUACAUUUAUGGCAGAGAAGAAGAUGCAGAGAAGAUUGUUGACAUCUUGGUCAACCAGGUCAACGACAAUCAAGAAAUUACCAUCCUCCCCAUAAUUGGUGUUGGAGGCCUUGGCAAGACUACCCUUGCUCAAUUAGUCUACAACGAUCCACGGGUCGUUGAACAUUUCGACAAAAGAAUAUGGGUUUGUGUGUCUGACGAUUUCGAUCAGAAGACUUUGGUGAAAGCCAUGAUUGAAUCUGGGGGUGGAAGUGCUUCGGACUUGGUGCACUUGGAUGCUUUGCAGCGCGGCCUAUGGGAGUUGCUGAACAACAAGAUGUACUUGCUGGUAUUGGACGAUGUUUGGAACGACGAUCAGGAGAAGUGGUCUGAAUUAAGAAAUGUUUUGGCAUGUGGCCGGAGUGGUAGUUCGAUUAUCGUCACCACACGCCUCAAAAGAGUUGCUGAUAUAAUGGGAACACUUCCACCACAUUACUUGAAGGGAUUGUCAAACGAGCAUUGUUGGAUGUUGAUGCGUGAACGAGCAUUCGGACAAGAAAAAGAGGAACAUCCAAACCUGGAAGCCAUUGGGAAGCAGAUUGUGAACAAGUGCGUUGGUGUUCCUUUGGCUGCUAAGGCGCUCGGAGGUCUAUUGCGGUUUAAGAGAACUGAGAAAGAGUGGAAUUAUGUAAAAGAAAGUGAAAUAUGGGAAUUGCCUCAAGAAGAAACUCUGAUAUUGCCAGCCUUGAAAUUAAGUUAUCAUCAUCUUCCUUUAUCAUUGAGGCAGUGUUUUGCUUAUUGUGCAGUCUUUCCCAAGGAUUCUCAAAUUACGAAAGAAGAGUUGAUCUUUAUGUGGAUGGCGCAUGGAUGUAUUUCAUCAAAUGGAGCACUUGAAAUAGAGGAUGUUGGCAAUCAAAUAUGCGAUGAGCUCCUUUUGAGAUCCCUUUUGCAGUAUGGUUUACAUCCUUUUACAAAUGAACCAACUGAACCAACUCUCGUUAUGCACGAUCUUGUUCAUGAUCUCGCCCAAUCAAUCAUGGAGAACAAAGUUCCUGGAACACAAGUCCAAAGGACAAACUUCAGAAGUGCAUCGCCUAACAGCAAAAUCCGCCAGGUGAAUUUGCAAAAAAAGUUUAUUCUCUUUCCUACUAGUAAUCAAUCAGAGAUGGAUAUGCCUCUCGUCUUAAAGAACUUUUUGCGUUUGAGAAUAUUAGAUGCAAGUUCGACAAGGAUAGAAAGUUUGCCUUGUGCAGUAGGCAAUUUGAAACAUUUGCGACAAUUGAAUUUGUCUGGAGCUAAAAUCCGUACCCUACCAGACUCAAUAUGUAGUCUCUGGAAUUUGCAAGUCUUGAAUUUGGUCUACUGUCGAUGGCUUGAGGCGUUACCGAAGAAGAUGAGGUGCUUGAUUAAUCUUCGCCAUCUAUUUUUGGAAGGUUGUAGAUCAUUAAAGGAGAUGCCAUCUAAAAUUGGAGAACUUACUAGCCUUAAAACAUUAAGUGUGUUCAUAGUGGGUCGUAAUAGAGGUAAUCGACUUGAAGAGUUGCAGUGCUUGAAGCUGGGUGGCAAGCUUAGAAUCGAACAUCUGGAGAGAGUGGAAAACCCUAUGGAUGCAAAGAAAGCAAAUUUUGCUGAUAAAGAAAAUCUUAGUCAUUUGUAUUUAGAGUGGAAACCUGAGAAUACUGCAUCAAAAUUAUCGGAGGAAGAAGAUAUAGUUAGAGAUGAAAAGGUGUUGGAAGCACUUGAGCCUCACCCAAAUCUUGAAACUUUAUAUAUAAAGGGAUUCAGGGGUAGGUGUUUUCCAGUUUGGAUGUCGAAUUCAACUAUGGAGAAACUAGUUGGAGUAUAUCUCAAAAAUUGUGAGAAUUGUUUGCAUCUUCCACGGCUGGGAGAGCUACCUCAUCUUAAAUCCUUGAGUUUAAAGAAUCUCGCUCGGGUGGAGUACAUACUUGAAGAUCAAAGUGGAAAUCGAUUAACGAGCGUACAACAGUUCCCAUCUCUGGAAACACUGUAUUUAACAACUCUCCCCAAAAUGAAAGGGUUGUUAAAAGAGCAAGUGACGAUGGGAUCAGCAGCUAAAGCAUUCCCAAAUCUUAAGGUGCUAAACAUUCGAGAUUGCAAUUCAUUAAUUAUGGCUUCAUUGUCUAAGCUGGAUCUGAACGCUCUUACUGAUCUUUCCGUGGACUUUAAGGAGAAUAUGACGACAUGUAUCUCAAUUGAGACGCUGCAAAGGCUGACCAAUCUCAAGAAGUUGGCGAUUAAAAAAGCAAGUGAUCUUCCAGAACAAGGGAUGCGAGCCUUGAUAUCUCUUACACAUUUAACGAUAGAAGAAUGUGAUACACAGAGGUGUUUGCCUGAAGGGUGGUUGCGACACCUCACUUCUCUGGAGGAACUAGAAAUAUCUUACUGCCAAGAACUAGUAGAGCUGCCGGAGGAGGGGAUUAAACACCUCCACAGCCUUAAAACAGUAUUCCUAUUUGAUCUACCAAAGAUGGUUUGUGUUCCUAAAGCAUUGAACCACCUCUCAUCCUCACUCCAAUCUCUAUACCUAUCCUUACUUCCAGAGCUGAGUUCACUGCCGGAGUGGUUGGGAGAUAUGACAUCUCUUCACGCUCUCGGUAUUUAUGUGUGCCCAAAGGUAGCAUCACUUCCAGCUAGUAUCCAGGGAAUGACAAAGCUCCAAUACCUGCAAGUGCAGGAAUGCCCGGAAAUGGAAAGGAGAUGUGAGAGAGAAAAGGGAGAGGACUGGCACAAGAUAGCACAUAUUCCCCACCUGAAAAUUGGUUAAUGGAUUCUCCUUCUUUGGUAUGUAGCUCCGGUCAAUCAAUCUCUUUUCUUUUAUCGUGUUUAGUAUUUCUGCAACUAUCUUUUUGUUCUCUUCUGUGAUAAGUGGUGUUAGCUUUGACACAUCCUUAACUAUUUCUUUUUGCUUUGACUAAUUUCACAUAUUCGAUUCGCUGCCUG